UCUGCGUCUGCGCAUGCGUCAUUCUCGGCUUUUCUCUUUAGCGGCGUUAAUUCCCACAGCUGCACGUUUAAGAAGAAAAAUAAUCAUUAUUACUGUCGUUUCUGAACAUUAUACGGGAACAAACGACUUUGUGUACAGGAUAUGCCGAAAAACAAAGGUAAAGGAGGAAAGAAUCGGCGACGUGGUAAGAAUGAGAAUGAAUCCGAGAAAAGGGAGCUGGUUUUCAAAGAGGAUGGACAAGAAUAUGCUCAGGUCAUCAAGAUGUUGGGAAAUGGGAGGUUAGAGGCCUUGUGCUUUGAUGGAGUCAAGCGGCUUUGUCACAUUCGAGGAAAGCUCCGGAAAAAGGUUUGGAUUAACACAUCAGACAUUAUACUCAUUGGAUUAAGGGAUUACCAGGAUAAUAAAGCAGAUGUCAUUUUGAAGUAUAAUGCUGAUGAAGCUCGGAGUCUGAAAGCCUAUGGAGAGCUUCCAGAGCACGCCAAAAUCAAUGAGACUGAUACCUUCGGACCUGGUGAUGAUGAUGAGAUUCAGUUUGAUGACAUUGGUGAUGAUGAUGAGGACAUAGAUGAUAUCUAAGAAGAUGAAGCUGGGAAAUAAACAUUUCUCAUCCCCCAGAGACAGUCAUCUUCACAACCCCCCCAACCCCCUCAGAAGUCGCUCUUCCAACCAUAUGUACACAGCCUCAACUUUUAGGUUUCUGUUGUCACCUGCAAUCCAUUUUGUUAUCCUUUAAUGUAUUUAUAUUGAUUUCACAUCAAGUGAAAUUUAGUUACAAGUACCGAAUCUCUGGGAUUCGCAAUAAAAAGAUAACCAGUUAUAUGUUUGGUCUAGCAGUCUGUAUCCUAAAAGAAAUGUAAAAAAUUUCUGUUGAGUUUAACUCUAUGGGAAAAUGUGAUGCCUCUAAAAUGCAUCUCUUUUUGAAUGUUUUAUUAAAUCUAUUAUUUACUGAUCACACAACAGUGCAUUGGGCAAUGCAUUUAUAAUUCUGAAAGCCUGUCUCUGGUUGGCUCCUUGUUCCACUUUUUGUGUGAUGUUUUUUUAUUUUUUAUAUCCAUCCUACUAUCCUACUAUAUCCAUCCUGUUUUGUAUAUGUGUCUACUUCAAAUGAUAAAUGAAUACUCAUUUCUUCAGGGCUGCUGAAUUUAUGAAAAGAAUUUGAAGCUUUUAAAUAAGUAUGUUAUUUGACAAUUACUUGGUUACAACUUAAUAUAGUAGCUUGACACAAAACUAGAAAAGCUCCAUAUGUUAGCAGAAAUAGUAUUUUUUACUUUCUAAAAUUAUAUCUCACAAAGCAAAUGACAAGGAAGAGGUAGUAUUUUUGUAUGCAAAUAGACACUUUCAUGCAAGAAUUAUGAGAGCUAAUGGGUGGUAUUCUUGCUGAUUAAGUCCUUUUGAAUGAGAAUAUCAGCUGUUAUAACUUUUUAAUAUUUUGUAUAUUGUUUUGAUGGAGAUGUUGGUUGCCUUUUUUGUGUUAAGCUUUUGAUCAGAAAACCUGUGAUUUUGAAAUAAAGUUGAACAACA